AUGCCGGUGGCUCCUCCUGGCAGUCAGGCCAUUCGUUCCCUCAACAUCAACAAACCAACCUCAACUCCACCACACCCAACCGAAGUCGUCUAUAUCGAUAUCUACACAGAUCCCAUCACCAAAGACAAACUGCUACCGUUCAGGAUUGUUGCCAUCCCUGGCGAGGUCCUGGAUAUUGUCGUCGGCAACCUACAGGACACCACCCCUCAGCAACGGCAUCCAUCGGUUCUUACGCAGAUUGAGCAACAGGCGGCACGUUUCCCAAAACACAAUCCAUUUUCCACAAUGCGACCCAUCUCGUCUCUUCUCGGCAGGACACUCGGUUAG